AGACGGCGCGGAGCGCGGCGGCGUCGACGUCUAGUGUCUCCUGUGCGCCCGUCUGUGGCUCCUCAGCCAGCACAGCCAGGCUCAGCGAGAGGUACAGCUCGCACCCUGCGGCCACCCGGACAGCCCGACCAUGCUCAACUUCGGCGCUUCUCUCCAGCAGGCUUCGGAGGAGAAGAUGGAGCUGAUGUCUGAAAAGCUGGGAGAGAGCGUGUACCCCUGGAACAAGACGGAGAAGAGUGACUUCGAGGCUGUGGAGGCGCUCGUGUCCAUGAGCUGCGACUGGAAGCAAGGUUUCAAGAAAUUCCUUGAGGCCAGGCCUGUCACUCCAGUGUCUGACACGUCAGAGGAGGAGAGCUUGCUGCCAGGGACACCUGACCUUCACACGAUCCCAGCCUUUUGUCUGACUCCGCCUUACAGCCCCUCUGACUUUGAACCCUCUCAAGUGUCAACUCUGAUGGCACCAGCGCCAUCUACUGGCCACUUCAAAUCAUUCUCCGAGGCCCCCAAAGCUCCUCUUGCUGCUCCGCCCAAAGAGGAAGAGAAGAGUCCUGUGGCGGCCCCUCCCCUCCCUAAGGCUCAGGCAACGAGUGUCAUCCGCCACACAGCUGAUGCCCAGCUCUGUACCCACCGCUCCUGCCCUGUGAAAGCAGCCAGCAUCCUCAGCCAUCAGGACAGUUCUUUCCGGAGAAGAACCCACCCAAAUACAGAGGCUUCACGAAAGAACAUACCCUGCGCGGCCGUGCCACCCAACAGAUCCAAAUGUGAGCCAGACGCACCCGCGGAUGGUGACGAGAAGGCAGGCGCCGCACCCUGUGACCUGGCUGUGCCGUCCUCAGAGACAGUCAUUUGUCCGUCUCAGCCGGCUCCUGGGUCCCCAUUGCAGAAGCCUGUCUUGGUCCCCUCACCCACAGUGCCCACUGCGGGCGUACCACCUCUGCCUGUCAUCUGCCAGAUGGUUCCCCUUCCUGCAAACAACUCGCUGGUGACCACAGUUGUCCCCAGCACUCCAGCCAGCCAGCCACCAGCUGUCUGCCCCCCUGUGUUGUUCAUGGGCACCCAGGUGCCCAAGGGCACCGUCAUGUUCGUUGUUCCCCAGCCUGUUGUGCAGAGCCCGAAACCUACGGUGGUAAGCCCCAAUGGCACCAGACUGUCUCCCAUCGCCCCUGCGCCCGGAUUCUCUCCUUCGGCAGCGAGAGUCACUCCACAGAUGGAUUCGUCCAGAGUGAGGAGUCACGUCUGCAGCCAUCCCGGCUGUGGCAAGACCUACUUUAAAAGUUCCCACCUGAAGGCCCACGUGAGGACACACACAGGGGAGAAGCCUUUCAGCUGCAGCUGGAAAGGGUGUGAGAGGAGGUUUGCUCGCUCUGAUGAACUGUCCAGACACCGGCGGACCCACACGGGCGAGAAGAAAUUUGCCUGUCCUAUGUGCGAUCGUCGGUUCAUGAGGAGUGACCAUUUGACCAAGCACGCCCGGCGCCACCUGUCAGCCAAGAAGCUCCCAAACUGGCAGAUGGAGGUGAGCAAGUUAAGUGAUGUCGCUCUACCUCCGACCCCCGCCUCUGCACAGUGACAGGCCGGAGGAUGAAGAACCAGAACUAACUUUGGUCAGUCAGGAGCCAGCGAUGGUGUCAAGAUGCUUCUGCGAGUCUGUGGUCCUCCAGCAGGGGCCAAAGCAGAAGCCCCUCGCCUGAGGAAAGGCCAGCCUGGGUUAGAUGGCCAGUGCUUCAGCCGCAGGCAGGUCACAGAAGGGCAGGUUUCAUUUCUUACCACACAGAGAUGAGAAAGCUUUUUCUCCAUUGAAUAGUGUUGAAGGUUUCGGAUGAGGUCAGCACAGAUCCUGAAUCAUGUCCACAUUGGUACUUAGUUUCUGCAGUUUAUACUUGAGGCCAGCUUGGCCGUGUGGCUCAGUUCUAAAGCAUUGGAUUCAAGAAUCUAGAGGCUGGAAGUUGCAGUACAGAGAUGGAGCUGGGGAAUGAGCUUGUGUCCCACAGAGACGCCAUCUUCUCCUAGAGUUAUCUUGCUUAUUGGUCCUCAUCCUUCCGGUCACCUCCAUGGGUGUAGUUACUAUUGAGUAUACCUAAAACAGUCAUUUCCCACUCUUGUUGGUAUUUAAAGUUGAACAGCUGUACAUCGUUAAGGGGGAGUCAGAGGUGGACCCCUCAUUAAUUUAAUUGCUUGGAAGCACAGCUAAAAAAAAUUUUUUUCGUGCAUUUUUUUAGUUUAGUGUUAACAACAUUUAGGCAUUUUACUCCUCUUUAGGUUUUAGUUUGCCUGCAGUUUCUCGUGUAGAUUUGGAAAUUGUGUACCAAUGUGUUUUCUGUAGACUUAAGUAAGAUACGCUGCACUUUGUUUAGGAAAAAAAUCUAAAGAUGAAAGUAUGUAUUGAUGAGAAGGGAUGUCGAAUCUGAGAUAACUCCUGAGAAGGAUGGCUUUACGUCAUCAUAAAGGACGCUUACGUCGAAGAUACACUGUGUGCUUUUUCAAAUUAGGAAGUUAAUGGCCGUUACAGAUGGACAGUUUUCCUCUUUAUUUAUGGGAGUUUUUCAGGCUGUGGGAAUAGAUAGGUAGAAAAACUGUCAUUAGAACAUUCACUUCCAACUUGAAACGACGUUCACGAUGCAGUUGCGUUCUCAACCACCACAGUGUCUGGGCACCUUUGGAACUCACCGAGACCCAGGGCCUUGCAUGUGUUCUGCAAGUGCUCGCCCACCGAGCUGCGUCCCCAGCCCAGAACAGUGAGUUCUGCUAACAGUAUUUCUGUUCUGGUUUAAAGUAGAUAAUUCACUUGGUAGUAAAGGUAAACUGUCCAAAAUCUAUAGUGGAAAAACUGUCACUGUACCUCCUCCCAUUUACACUGUUUCUGUAUCUUGGGUGUAGGUUUCUGACAUGCAAACUUGAACCCUUGAAAAAAAAAAAUUUUCUUAAAAAAAAUGAUGAAUCAUGAGUUCCAAUUUGCACAAUAUUUUUUGUUGUACUUUAUACCUUGUUUACAAUAAAGAGUUUCCUUUGGUAUAAA